ACAAUUUUGCAGGAGCUGUCAGACCGGCUUGUCACACUCAAACGUCCCACUGUGCUUCACAACCCUGCAUGCACGGUAGCCAUUGUCUCGAGGGUUGGAACAGGUUUCACUGCGAUUGUACCGGAACACAAUACACUGGUCCUACUUGUGGGAAAGACGCGUCAACGUUGCAUCUGAACGGGACGCAACAAAUGACAGCGUUGAUGCCAGAGGAUUCGAAAACUCAGACCGAGGAGAUUGUAGUUCGCUUCAAAACCACCAGACCACGUGGCCUUCUGCUAGCAACGAGUUUGGAAAACAGUUCGGAUCGACUGCAAAUCUUCCUGGAAGAAGGCAAAGCGAAGAUGCUGAUUCACAUCGGGGACAAGGAAAAGACACUGGUCGCCGGACAAGGUCUGAACGACGAUAUGUGGCACACGCUCAGGUUCUCCAGGAGGGCAGCUUCCUUGAAAUUCCAGAUCGACGACGAGCCAGCUGUUAGAGCCGAAACGCAGCUUGGCAAGCAAAGCAUUUUGGAAUUCCGAACGCUGCACGUCGGUGGCUACUUGCACGCCGGUGAGGAAAUCCCGCAUUUCGUUGGUUUUCUCCAACAAAUCUGGUUCAACGGCUACCCGUACCUGGAGAUAGCGCGCAGUUCCGGCAAUCAUCAGGCUUCUCAUCAAGGUGUAACGCCGAUCAUCAGGGUCACGGGGAAAUUCAGCAAAAGGAACCAUCCAGUCCAUUAUCCGGUGACAUUCACAUCAAAGCACACGUUCGUCGGCUUGCCCGUGCUGAAAGCGUACGUGGAAACGAAUAUCUAUUUCCAGUUCAGAACACGCGAAGCGAACGGUCUAAUUCUCUACAACGCCGGUCGAGAACGCGACUUCAUCGCCGUGGAGCUGGUCAACGGACACAUUCAUUACGUGUUCGACCUGGGUGACGGCCCAGUCAGGGUCAGGGACACUUCCAGGUCUAGGCUGAACGACGGCAAAUGGCACGCAGUGAGCAUCGGAAGGCCGGCACCAAAAAGACACACGCUCGCUGUCGAUGACCAUGUGACAGCUGUCAAUAGUCAGGGCAGCAACGAGAACCUCGACCUGGAUGGAAUCUUGUACAUCGGUGGCGUGGAGAAGUCGCAGUACGGCCAGCUACCGAAGCAAAUUCUCAGCAGACACGGUUUCGAGGGCUGCCUGUCGUCGCUGGACCUGAGCGGCGAGAGUACCAAUCUGAUCUCCGACGCGGUGGUUCCCAGCUCUCUGGUGGAAUCUGGCUGCGACAUGUACGCCAGCAUGCACGCUGGCAAAAAGUGCACGCACGAUCUCUGCUCGAAUCAUGGCACGUGCGUGCAACAGUGGAAUAGUUACACGUGCGACUGCGACAUGACCAGUUUUACUGGGCCGACGUGUAACGAAGAAGCAGCAGCUUACGAAUUCGGAGCCGGCAGAGGAAUUAUCACCUACACGUUCCCGCCGAAUCAGAGGCCGGAAAUGAAGAGAGACACGGUGGCCUUGGGCUUUGUAACAAGCGUGAGCGACGCCGUCCUCGUCAGAAUAGAAUCUGCUUCCAGCAACGACUAUCUCGAGAUUGAAAUUGUGGAAGGAAACGUGUUCGCUGUUUACAAUAUGGGGACGAACGAUCAUCCGAUCGGUGAGGUCGGUGUGAAAGUGAAUGACAAUCAGUAUCACGUGGUGAGAUUCACUAGAACAGGGCCGAACAGCACGCUGCAGGUCGACGAUUACAAUUUACAGUCCAAUCAUCCAUCCGGUAAGUAACUACCACUCUUUCUUCAGGUUUCGUUAGACGCCACUCUUCGUCAAAGGAAUC